CCGUCUCACACACUCUCAGUCGUUCUCCUGCUCUCGUCUGCUCGGACAGUUGGAGAAGGUUGGCUUCUGAACUCAUCCUCAGGAUCCGAGAUGCUCUUCCAGCUGCUGGUCCUCAGUGCCCUCGCCCCGCUCUGGCUCGCCGCUCCGGGAGUCCAGGUGCGUCUGGUGGGCGGCAGGAGCAAGUUCGAGGGUCGCGUGGAGGUGUUUUAUAGCGGCCAGUGGGGAACCGUGUGUGACGACGAGGUCAACAUCAAUCUGGCCAAUGUCGUGUGUCGAGAACUGGGCUUUUCUCGCGGACUCACCUGGGCUCACAGCGCAAAGUUCGGCGAGGGACGCGGUCCGAUCUGGCUGGAUAACGUCUCGUGUUCGGGCGGCGAGAGCUCACUGUCGGACUGCCGGUCUAACGGUUGGGGUGUGAGCGACUGCACUCACGCGGAAGAUCUGGGCAUCAUUUGCAGUCCGGACCGUCCCAACCAGGGACACAUCCCACGUUACCAAGAAUCGAGUCCAGCUUCUCCACCUCAGCCCUCCAGGCUGGUCUCGAAUGCUCUCGCCAGUUCUCCCCACCAGCGUGGCCACGAGAUCGGGCUCCAACGCAGCAGCCAGGGCCUGUCCUCUCCUCAGAUCCACGGACACCGGAUUCAGCUGCGCAGGAACGGGCUCGAGAGCACCGCUAACGGCCUGCCCCGCGGACACCAGCUGCCGGACUUCCUGCGCAGCCGGGCCGCGUUCAGACGCACACAGGAAGUGACACGCAGUCAGAACACCAGACUUCCUGAGAGACCAGAGCCGGUUCACAGUCCGGAGCCGGAGCAGAGUAACAGGAUGGAUCUGGACUUCAGCAACACGGACGAGCAGUUCACUGCAUCGGUCCGGCUGGAGGAAGUGCGUCUCCGGCCCGUUCGCGCCGCCACACGAAACUCUGCCAUGGUAACAGAGGGCGUGGUGGAGGUGAAGCAUGCUGGGAAAUGGAGGCAGGUGUGUGAGUGGGGCUGGGACCAGAGCUGCAGUCGAGUGGCCUGUGGCAUGCUGGGAUUCCCUUCAGCAGCAGGACAGCAGGACACACGCGUGUAUCGGAAACUGUGGGAAUCCAAGAUGGAGGAUCCGGCCACAAGGGCUGCGGUCAGCAAGAAGGGCUUCUGGGUGGACCGGGUCCAGUGUUCGGGGACCGAGGCUUCUCUGGCUCAGUGUCGGGCUCAGCUCUCGGACGCGCGGCUCCAGUCCUGCUCCGGCGGGAUGCACGCGGUGGUGUUCUGCCUUCCCGGCGCUCGGUUCUCCCGGAUCUCCUCCGGACGCCCGCAGGCUCCGCCCCCUCAGAACGUGGAGGUGCGUCUGAAAGCGGGUCCACGGCUGGGCGAGGGUCGGGUGGAGGUCCUCCGCGAUGGGAAGUGGGGAACGGUGUGUGAUCAUCUGUGGGACCUGCCAGCUGCCAGCGUGGUGUGCCGAGAACUGGGCUUCGGCUCGGCCCGAGAGGCCCUGCGGGGAGCGGCCAUGGGUCAAGGUACGGGUCUGAUCCACAUGAACGCAGUGCAGUGUUCGGGCGGUGAGAGAUCCAUCACGCAGUGCCGCUUCCAGGAGGUUUCCCUGCGCUCCUGCAAACACACUCAGGACGCGAGUGUGCGCUGCAACGUUCCCGACACCGGCCUGAGCGCCACGGUGCGUCUGGCGGGCGGGCGGCAGGUGAUGGAGGGCCGAGUGGAGGUGCUGAUGGAGGUCGACGGGCAGCAGAGAUGGGGCUCCGUCUGCAGUGAGAACUGGGGUCUCAAUGAGGCUAUGGUUGUGUGCCGCCAGCUGGGCUUCGGGUUCGCCUCCAGUGCACAUCAGGAGACGUGGUUCUGGUCGGGAAGCUCCGGAUCGGAGGACGUGGUUAUUAGUGGAGCUCACUGCAUCGGGACUGAGAUCUCCAUUCAGCAGUGUGGGAGGAGCCAGCAGGUGUACUGCCCUCGAGGGGGCGGAGCUAAAGCAGCUGGGGUCACCUGUGCAGACGUGGCUCCGGAUCUGGUGGUGGACGCUCAGCUGGUUCAGGAGUCUGCGUACCUGGAGGACCGUCCGCUGCACCUCCUCACCUGCGCUCACGAGGAACACUGCCUGUCCUCCUCCGCCUCGCGCAUGAACUGGCCCCACGGCCACCGGCGGCUCCUGCGCUUCUCCUCACGCAUCAUGAACCUGGGCAGAGCCGACUUCAGACCCAGAGCCACAAAAGAGUCCUGGACCUGGCACCAGUGCCACAGGCAUUACCACAGUAUCGAGGUCUUCACACACUACGACCUCUUGACCCUGAACGGCACGAAGGUGGCUGAGGGUCACAAGGCCAGUUUCUGUUUGGAGGACACAUACUGCCCUGAAGGCCUGACGAAGCGCUACGCCUGCUACAACAUGGGCGACCAGGGCAUCACUGUGGGAUGCUGGGAUACAUACCGCCACGACAUCGACUGCCAGUGGGUGGACAUCACCGACGUCACACCGGGAGACUACAUCUUCCAGGUGGAGGUGAACCCGUCUCUGGAUAUGGCCGAGUCCGACUUCCAGAAUAACGUGAUGCGCUGCCGGUGCCGCUACGACGGCGCGCGAGUGUAUCUGUACGGCUGCCACGCGGGUGACGCCUACAGCGCCGAGGUAGAGGACCUGUUUGAACACCAGCGCCAGAUCUCCAACAACUUCCUCUGAUGAAGCCUGGCAGCGACAGGACUCGGGGUGGGCGGAGUCUGUGUAGUGGGUGGGGUCUGUGUGAUGGGCAGAGUCCCUGGGGUGGGCGGAGUCUGUGUGGUGGGUGGGGCCAGUGUGAUGAUUGACAGCAGGGGUGUUCACGGUUCACUCACCUGUUCAGUGGCCAGUAUUGAUGCUGUUGGUGAAUCGGAAGCACUUCCUGCAGUUAUGAUGAUGAGUAUUGAGUUUAAUCUUCAUCACACACUCAAGAUUCAGGGGAAGACCAAAUGUUGAAAACUGAGCAUCAGUCGUGAACAUUCACUACAUUGUCUUCAAAGUAAACUUAUAAUUGAAAAUGUCCUUCAAAUGUGCCGUUCUUCCUCUUUCUUGUGCUCGUUGUUUUCAUAUUGUAAUUCACACGUGAUUUAAUUUUUAUUCUGAAUUUUUAUCAACAAGGGCGACUUAACAAUAAAUAAAAUAAUAAAAUAAAAUGAAAAAAAAAAGACAUACAUUACAUUUUCCCCUUUAAUAAGUAUUGUUUUUAUUGAAGAACACAGUUCAAUACUGCCAGUUUGUGUUAAUUAAAGAAGUUUUAUAACUAUAUCUGAAGGAGAGGUUGAGAAUCAUCAGAAACAUCGUGUGUUUGGUGCUGAUUUUAGUGGCUCAUUCAGUCUUUAAUAUGAUGAUGCAUUAUUAUUAUUAUUAUUAUUAUUAUUUUUAUUUUGAGUGUCUCAGAUGCUGAAAUGUUGGGUCACAUGCACAGGUUUAUGGGCCGGGGUUCGUCUGUGUUUCUCAAACUCUCUCUCUCCGUGAAGAGACACAGUCGGACGGCCGAGUUUCACCGAUUGUGCUUCAAUACUUGAAAAAUAAACUUCUCAUGUCUAACACAAGAAAUCUGAUGUUUCGUACUGUAUGAUAAUAAACUUCAACUGUGUCCAACUUUACACAUAAAG